CACAAAACUUACUUGAACCAGUGCAAAUCGAUACACGGCAGCCCAUGUUGUACUUCGUAUGUAACAAUGGCUGAUAAGCUACCAUCCUCGAUUCUCAGGGGAAUCGCGUCUCUGGCGGUACUUUUUCUUCUUGCCACUAUGUUCCUUGUCCUCAGGAUAUAUACUCGAAUCGUCCAGACCAGGGCUUGUCGGCUCGCUGCUGAUGAUUACUGCCUAGUGGUAGCAUGGAUACUUUUUACUGCCCAGUUAUUCCUCCGUACUGUGCUUCUCAGUCGGGCCACAUUUGCGGCGAUCCUCACUAUUCAUGAAUUAAGCGUAAUUAGUAAAGUAGCUGCAGUACUAUCUAAUCUGGCAUGGGGACUUAGUAAGACGUCAUUCGUCUUGACCUUUAUGCGCCUAGUCACAGGACCUUUACGAUGGGUAUUGUGGUUUAUAGUCCUCUCGAUGAACCUAUUUAUAGCGGUCUGGUUGCCACUGUUUCUGAACCCCUGUGUUGCAGGCGCGUCUCCGCCAUGCUGGCCGCUCCAGAUGUCGAUUAAACUUGGUAUUUUUGUUGGUGCAUAUUCUGCAUUCAUGGACUUCUUCUUGUCACUGUUGCCUUGGAAAAUAGUUUGGCCUAUGCAUCUCAGCACACGAGAAAGGGUAGGAAUCUGUGUAGCUAUGAGCAUGGGAAUAUUCGCUGGUGCAACUGGGGUGGUCAAAGUAAUAUAUCUUUUCGGGUUUGAUUCAUCCAGCGCGGAUACGCUAAAUCACCUGUUCAUCUGGGAAAGCGCCGAGAUAUCAGCUACAAUCAUGGCAGUUUCCAUUCCAAUGCUUCGGAAGCUUGCUUUCAGCAUUAAGGCUAGGGAUUCUUCACGUAGUGAAGAUACUCUACUGUCUGUCUUUCAGAGGCAAUUACGCAUUGCUGGUCUAGGAAGUACAAACACUAGAUAUACUACGGGCCAAGCUUUUACGUCUCCCAAUGUUUCGCAAGUAUAGGGAAGAAUCAGGUUCGUAAGUUAUUUUGAAAGUUUUCUUAGUAGAGUACUCAAUACAAAAUCAGUAAGACUA